UUUACAGUGUCGGAAACGGACGAUUUGGACACGUCACAGAAACAUCACGAGACUCUGAGGGAGAGCGCAGGGAGCAGCCGAAACUGUCAGAUUUUGAAGACCAAGAGUGACCUGCGUUUCGGGACCACCUGCAAAUGAACUCAUGAGACCCAAAACUUUGCCGACCGUUCCCGGAUUCCAUCGUUAUAAAUCGCCGUCUUUGUGAACCACAUGAUUGAUCAGACUACACCUAAGCAUUUCUGCCAUCGCCGAUCUCCACAAUGCAAUGGAGAAGGCGCCACUGCUGUCCCGUUAAGAUGACCUGGACAUUCAAGCGCUCGCUGUUCCGGACUCACGUAGCCGGCUUGCUCUCGCUGGCUUUACUCUUCACGUUGUUUUUGUUUUUCAGCCAUCAGGACUGGCUGCCGGGACGCAACGGGCCGAGGGAAAACCCGCUGGCGUACACGAUCAGAGGAUUCCGAAACCCCAAAGUCGACUCGAGCCAGAACUCUCGCUUGCGGAGCUUGUUCAAGGACGCGAACGCGGCGGCGAAACCUUUGCUCAACCUCAGCACGCAGCAGGCCGAGACGGGCGGGAACUCCGGGCGCGUGACGGGCCUCGGCGACGCCAUGAGCGCCAACAACAGUUUACAAAAAGAGAUGGACGUGACGGGAAAGCUCAGCGCCCAGCCGUACCGCUACAUCCUGAACGAGCCGCUGAAGUGCAAGGACAGCGCGCCGUUCCUCGUCCUGCUCAUCGCGGCGGAACCGGGCCAGACGGAGGCCCGGAACGCCAUCCGGCAGACGUGGGGGAACGAAAGCGCGGCGAUGGGGCUGGGGUUCGUGCGGCUGUUCCUCCUCGGGAUGGGCAAGAGCUCGUCGCAGGGCAGCAUCGAGGAGGAGUCGCGGAUCCACCACGACAUCAUCCAGCAGGAGUACCAGGACACGUACUACAACCUCACCAUCAAGACGCUGAUGGGGAUGAACUGGGUGGCGACGCACUGCCCGCACGUGUCUUACGUCAUGAAAACGGACAGCGACAUGUUCGUCAACACGGAAUAUCUCAUCCAGAAGCUGCUUAAACCGGAAUUACCUCCAAAGCAAAGGUAUUUCACGGGGUAUUUGAUGCGCGGAUAUGCACCAAACCGAAACAAGGACAGCAAAUGGUACAUGCCGCCGGAGCUGUACCCGAGCGAGCGUUAUCCGAUUUUUUGCUCAGGAACCGGUUACGUGUUUUCCGGCGAUUUGGCGGGACUCAUCUACCAGGCGUCGCUCAGCAUACGCCGGCUGCACUUGGAAGAUGUUUACGUCGGGAUCUGCCUCGCCAAAUUGCGCAUCGAUCCGCAACCGCCGCCGAACGAGUUUCUCUUCAACCACUGGCGGGUUUCGUACUCUAGCUGUAAGUAUAGCCACCUCAUCACGUCGCAUCAGUUUCAGCCGGCGGAGUUGGUCAAAUACUGGAAUCACCUGCAAACCAACAAGCACAACGCGUGUGUGAACGCAGCCAAGGAGAAGAGCGGGAGGUACAGGCACAGGAGGUUUCACGGGGAGCGGCCGCCGUGAAGGACUUUGCAAAAAAAAAAAAAAAAGAAAAAAAAAAAGGGGGUUUCCGGAAAUGUGACCAUGACUACGGGAAGACGUGAUGAAGUGUACGGGAAAAAAAGCACAUUGUUUCUUUCUGUGGACAGUGGAUGAUUCAAAGUAUUUUUUUAAUUUGAAGAAAUAUUAUCUAAGUUACGUGAUAUUUAAGAAAGGGAUUUGGGAAUUACGUCGGGUCAGUUUAUGGAGAUUCAGAGUCGGAUAUUAAAUGGAAGAAAGUGGGAAGCAGCAGACGUAUGCAGUAGUUACUUAGCGUUCAUAUUUUUUGACGAAUGACGUGUUAUAUCAAACACAAACAUACGCAAUCCGUGUGUCGUUCGUUCAUUCGUUUUUCACAAUAAAACCAAAAAUAAGAAACGAAAUAACAACAGGGUUUUUUCAUUAUUUGUCUCCAAAACAGAAUUUUUUUAAGUUUUCGAUUUUGUGUUUAAAUGAAUAAUGGAAAAAAACUUCCCAAACUGCGAUGCUGGACUUUUGUGCCACAUACGGACUAAACCAGAACUGAAUCAGGACUAAAACAGGUCUAAACCAGGUCCAAAUUAUGACUAAACCAACACUAAAACAAGUAUAAACCAGGACUUAACCAGGUCUAAAUCAGGUCUAAACCAUGACUAAAUCACGACUAAAACAAGUUUAAACCAGGACUAAACCAGGUCUAAACUGGUCUCACCUCCUUGUCUGGUCCUGGUCUCAGUCCUAAACCAGAACUGAACCAGGACUAAACCAGGACUAAACUAGGACUAAAACAAUUCUAAACUAGGUAUAAACCAGGACUAAAACAAGUCUAAACCAGGUCUAAACCAGGUCUAAACCGGUCUCACUUCCUGGUUUGGUCCCAGUCUCAGUCCUAGUCUGGUCCUGGUCUCAGUCCUAAACCAGAACUGAACCAGGACUGAACCCAGACUGAACCAGGACUACAACCAGGACUAAACCAAGGCUAAACUUGGACUAAAACAAUUCUAAACUAGGUCUAAACCAGGUCUAAAACCGGUCUCACUUCCUGGUUUGGUCCCGGUCUCAGUCCUGAUCUGGUUCUGGUCUCAGUCCUAAACUAGUACUGAACCAGGACCAAACCAGGACUGAACUAGGAGUGUCGGGACGGGCCCGGAGGUGCACCCGCGUAGACUGUGGGGUGAUCAGGAAACCGGGACCAGACCGGGACUGAGACCAGGACUGACACCAGUUUGGACCUGGUUCACUCCUGGUUUAGUCCUGUUUUAGUCCUGGUUCAGUCCGUAUGCGGCGCAAAAGUUCAGCAUCGCAUUUUAAGUCCAUUCUUCAUUUAAACACAAAAUCGAAAACUGAAAAAAAUUUAUCAUUAUCUGUUUUUACAUUUUGAUUUUGGAGACAAAUAAUGAAGUAAAUCGUCGUUUUUUUCGUUUGUUAUUUUUGGUUUUAUUUUGAAAAACAAAUGAACGAAUUAUACACGGAUUAUACACUGACCAUGUGGGUGAAGUGUCUUGCUCAGUGACACAACAGCAGAAUAUAACGCCAAAAAAAGCAGGGAUAAAAACAUCAACGGUUCAACAGUUGCACGUCGACCUUGUACAAUCACUUUUACUCGCGUACGUGCUCGGACAUUUUCACGCCAUGUUCAUUUAACGGAGUGAAGCGGGCGUCUCGUUGGAGCUGAGAUCGAACCGCCAACCUUCGGGUUUGUGGGCGACAGAAUCCUCCACGACUGAGCCACGGCCCCUCACUUUUAGGCAACGUUCAGACUGCAGGGCUCAACGCUCAAUUCGGAUUUUCUGGCGAGGUCGUUCACAUUUCCAAUUAAACGCGACUUGUUUGUGAUCUCCAGUGUGAACUUUAAACGCUGCAAAAGUGUCCAGAAGCGAGCGUGCUCAGGGUUUACGGAAGUCGCCUAAACGCUGGGAUCGUCUCCCAAAAUCCGGUCCAGUUCUUCGUAAAAUGGACAGGUUACACGCACAUGGACGCUUCGUUUGUUUGAGUCUUUGUCUCGUAUUUGUCUUCAUUUUUCGUCGACAUUGGAGCCAGGACCGACUGUAGCCGCGCUCGGACAUUUCUCUGGCGAACAUUUCAUAAAAACGCCUGGUUUCGGUUAGGGAUGGGCAUUCGAUUAAAUUUUCUUCGUCGAUCGUCGGGAGAAUUAACGAUCCAUUAUCGAUUAAUCAUGACAGUUUUUAUAUUAAAAUUAUCGUCAUUAUUAUUACUAUCUGCACUACUAAUCUGCGUAAAUGGUCACAUUUUUCUAUAGCGCUUUUCCACCUUCAAGGCACUCAAAGCGCUUUACAACAAGGAACCACUCACCCAUUCACACACCAGUGUACGCAGACACUGUGGGUUAAGUGUCUUGCCCAAGGACACAACGGCAGCAUUCAUCUGUGGGAGCUGGAAUCACACCAGCCAACCUGUGGAUCUGACCGCUCAACCUGUGAUGUUUAUGUUGAGAGCUGGAUUCGAACCGCCAACCUUUAGAUCAGUGGGCGAAUGCUCCACCAACUGAGCUACUGCCGCCCAAAUAAAUAAAUAACUGUAACGACUCUAGAGCCACAUCAGCCCGUUUGACAUUAUAAUGUGUUUUAAUGCAGAUUUGCGCGAGUCUCACAGAAACGAAACUUAAAACCUUAUGGCUGAUUUGCAUAAACAAAGCGAAGGAAAAAAUCAGCUCUUGUGCCGAUGCGGUUCAACUUCUGUCGGAUUAAAAGACAUGACUCAGGUGAAUACAGGUUAGUGUGACCAUAUUUGCGUUUGUCAAAACCAGGACACCGUACGGGGGGAGGGAGGUGGGGCCUCGUCAUCGACAUUGAGCGACUCUCACCUGGUAAAACUUUUUCAUGUUUUUCGGUGUCCUGGUGAACUUUGAGGUCCCUGACACCGACACGUGCACAUGGACUCACACUUGUCUCGACCGGGACGGAAAGUGGGCAGUUCCUUGUACACGUCAUCAUUAAAUGUGCAUGGCGUGUUGUAGGCUGACUGACUGUUUGUGUCUGCUCGCUCUUUCUGAGUGCACAAAGAUCUACGAGAGACGCUCAGUCUAAUGGCCCCAAUGAACGGUAAUGAAAACCUCAACAUUUGCAUCACUUUUGUUAGGUUUAUCUAAACAUUGUAAACAAGAAGAAAGACAAGAGAUUAAUUCAGUUUUACUCGCGAGGAGAACGGGCAGAGAGUGGGCAUCAAAACCAACAGUCUCCACACGUUCUGAUGACUCAAGGCCGUUCUCCUCUUUUUAUUUCAUUAGGAGGCCCUAGUUACAGAAUGAUAAUUCUCAAGGGGAAGGGGAAACAGCAAAGACAUAAUAAGAAACUGAUGAAGCUAUGCAUAGUAUAAACACUUAAAACAUGAUUAACAAUCAGGAGGUGCCUUAGGUCAGACACCAUCAUAACUCUUGCAUGUGUGACAGUGGGAGUUGGCUUCAUGUGAGGAAUCAUCUCGAGGUUCACUAGAGCGACAGGACACUGCACACAGUUGUCAAACACACAGAGGUUAUUCAUUUUCAUACAAGUGAUUGGUACAUUAUAAAUCAAAGAAUUGUAGUUACAUAAAUGGUUAACUCAUAGGCAUAGAAUAUCACACAAGUAUUUAGCAAAUAUGGGAUAAUAAAAUUAUUCUGACAACUUUAUUAAAAAAAAAAAAAAACGGACACCCAGGACAGGACGUGGAAAACUGCCAUGCCCGGGGAAAAACGAACAUUUGGUCAAUCUACGCUACGCACAGCGACCUACAUUCGGUCUGUCGAUUAAAAAUGUACGUAAUCGACUCAAUCAAUUACCGAUUAAUCGACUAAUCAUGCCCAUCCCUAGUUCCGGUAAGACGCCUCCAGUUUGACGUGUAGGUGGGAUGAAUGCGACCUGACCGUUCAGACUGAAGUCGCAUGUCAAAAAGUCGGAUAUUUAUCGGUUUUAGGAGCACAAAUCCAAGUGGCCUGGGUCACAUUUGGAAAAAAUUCAUUAAAAGGUCAAAAAAUCGGAUUUGGGUCACUUCACGCUGCAGUCUGAACGUCGCCUUAGUUGGUUGUGCUUUUAUUUUUCAUGUUUUUGUUCAGUUAAUAAUCAUUUUGUAUAUUUGCCAAAUUAAACAUUAUAUUUUCUUCA